AUGAACACCGACUCUUCUCCCGAUGGCUCUCACCUCCUCCCUCUCGAGCUCUGGCCGUACAUCUUCGAGUACGCGAACCCAGUCCCACAUGAGCUCAGCCACGCACACGAUCCCUUCCUUGAUGCCACAUCGGACAUCGCAACGAUGACCAUGAACCCGCGCUCAUUCAGCACAGACUUCGCAUCGAUGCUUUCGGCACGCGCCAAGCUUGUACGCGUCUGUCGAGCCUGGCAAUCCCUCGGAACGCCACUUCUAUACCGCACGCUCUACAUCCACCGCACCGAAGAUCUCCCCCGACUAGCAGAGACGCUUGCUGCACGGGCAUAUGGGAAAUAUGUGCGAAGGCUCGAUGUCCUUUCCAUCACAGGCGCGCUGGACUUCAAUGAAUUGCGCUUCUUGCUAUCUGUCCUCACAGGACUCGAAGUCCUGAAUAUAUGCCCACUUGAAUAUAUCAAUCGCGCAGUACCUUCGGAGUUAUUGCGUGCGCUGGCAGAUACGGCCGGAAAAACACUACGCGUAUUGAUAUGGCCGAGCUGGCCGAGCCUCACGUGCAAGGGCGCAGACUACACGGCUUUGCUUGAGCGAUGCACUCAAUUGCGCGUACUUUGCAUAGGUCCUUGGAAAAUGGAAGGGGGAGCCUGCACCUUCGUGUCACCGCCACAACCGACUCUUCGUUUUGUCGCACUUGCCGAACACGACGAGUCACACGCCACACCGCAAACUCUCUACCCGGCGCUCGAGCAUGCCUUCCUCGUAUACAACCGCAUCCCCGAUCUUGCCUGUCAGACGGCCUUCCUUGCCUCACACGCACAGACGCUCACAACCGCAACCAUAAACGUGAGCGGCUAUCACCGCAGCGCCGAGCACGUACUCGUCGCGCUCAAACAAUGCCCGCGCUUGCAGCAUCUUAUCGUCGUCGUCCCUGCAAGCUUCUCAGCAUCGUCCAAGGACUUGCGUGGGCUCUUUACGAGAAUUCCGAAAACCACCACUCGCUUCGGCGUUCGAGUGGUGCAUUUCCGUGGUUCUGACGGUCGAGACCUGGGCGCGUUCGUGCGGGGAGUUGCGGCGAAUGCAGAUGCGCUGCCAGACGUUGUGAAGGUUGUGAGGUUUAUGAACGACCUGGGAAGCGCGGUGGCGCACGACGAGCUGCUUGCAUGCAGUCUGGCGUUGUUCCGGCGGGGAGUGCAACUCGAGGGUUUACGGGGCGAAGUAAUCCCGGCGUCAUCACCGGUGUAG